AUGCCUCAUCUUCCUCUCCCGCCCCCGUCAGCUCGCUCAAGAGCUUCAUCCCCUCCUUCUCCGUCUUCUGGGCGUGAUGUGGGGGCUCUGGACACCGAAAUGGGCUUCCUAUCAGUCGGAAAUACCACUACACGUCCUGGCUCUUCGUCAGCAACCUCUACUCUUACUGGUGCUGCUAUUGCUCCUUCUCAGGAGGAUGAUGUCUUUGCUUACGUUCCUCCGAGCGGUCCUGCUGCCCUUCGUGCCGUUUCUGGUCAUGUUCCACAGCGCAUUUCUCCGAGCUUCCGUGCCCCUAAUGCCUUUGGCAACUUCGAGCCUCGUCCAGAUCGUGUCUUACAGACUCCAAAUGCAAGAAACGCGCAAGGAAUGUUUCCUCCUGAAGCGCUAAUUUUCGUUGCGAACCUCUCGAGCGGGAGGACCAUCGACCAGCUGGAACAGUCCUGCCACGAAGCUUUUGACAAGUUCGGUGCUUGCCAUAUCUUUAUCAAGUACGACCCCCGGCAGCAUCCCUUUGCUUUCGUUCAGUUUGAGAACAUUGACGAUGCAAAUCAAGCGAUGAGCUACACGACAGACCUUGAAUUAGACGGCCGCAAGAUUCGUUUGGAGCGUGGAAAGGCGGACCGUGCUGUCAUCCUAUCCAAGAAAGAUGGAUCUCCUAUGACAGAAGCUGAAGCUCGCGGAGUGCUUGAACCAUAUGGGAGAAUUGAGCUCUGUAUACCUGCGGACAGCCGUCACCUGAGCAUCAGUGGGAUGUACAUCAAAUUCGCCUUCUAUCUCGAUUGCCGUGAUGCUCUGAAGGGCCACAACAAUGCGAAGAGUCCCUUCACUGUCGUUCUUGCUCCGGCAAUGGAGCCACGUUUCCAUCUUGGUCCUGAUGGAUUGCCUAAAGUCCGUGGCUUCGCGAGCCCCCGUUCUCUCAUGGACGCAAAAUCCAUCUUUGUCGGCAACUUACCUGAAUAUGCCACUCGCCAUGAGGUUGAAUCUCUGUUCCAGGAAUACGGCAGCAUUCUGCAGACCAAUAUCAUCAAGAAGACCUUUGCCGACGGAGGAAUCAACGUGUUUGCAUUCAUCGAAUUCGCCCAUCCCCACGAAGCAGAUCGAGCAUCUCUAGCCGAUCAUGACCUACAUGGCCACAAGCUCCGGAUCGAGCCCAAAGAAUAUUCGUCUCGUCGAGCAUCUCGAGUCAACAACGAGAACUUGAUCGUCCACGCCCCUCGCUACAACUACGCGGGUACAAUGAAUAAGGGACAGGUCUACGACCACAUUGCUUCGUCCUCGGCGCGACAGGUCUACGCCUCCACCACGUCGGCUCCGUACCCUCCACCGGCUCCGACUUUGUACAAUGCACAGCCUGUCUUCAACCCAAUGACACAGAUGGUGACUCCUCCUCACCACAACUACGGCACCCACAACAGCCACGCUUACGGCCACGGACCCCAGAACAACAUUGCAGGCAUGCCAGCUGGCCCAGCGCCGCCAUCAUACCAGACCCCUCCCUCCUCAUCCAACUACGCUCAACACAUGCUCCCACCGGGAAUGUUCAGUCCAACCCCACCGGGUAACAACUACGGCUGCGGUCCAUGGUUUGCCAAUAGCUCACGCUACGCCGGCAGGGAGAGAUAUCCCAACGAAGGUACCUAUUAUCGCUAG